CGCCGGAAGUUAGGGGAGGCCCCGCCCCCUGCCGGGGUCUCUGUGGAACCGAGGACGCGCCGGCUUUGAGCAUCCCUGGUCGGCUGGGCGGGAGACCCUGGGGCUGCGGCUCCGGCAGCCGCGGCUCGGCCCGCCGUGGACAUGGCCAGCUCCGGAGAGGACCUGUGCAGCGAUGGCGACAUGCCCCCCACGGCGGCUGCGGUGCCAAGCGGGGCCCACCUGCUGGGCUUCUCCGAUGAGAUCCUCCUGCACAUCCUCAGCCACAUCCCCAGCACGGACUUGGUUCUGCACGUCCGACGCACCUGCCGGAAGCUCGCGGAGCUGUGCCUGGACAAGAGCCUCACCCACACCGUGCUGCUGCAGGACUACGAGGCCAGUGAGGACAAGGUGAAGCAGCUUGUGAAGGAGAUCGGCCGGGAGAUCCAGCAGCUCAACAUGGCCGGCUGCUACUGGCUGUCGGGCUCCACCAUUGAGCACGUGGCCCGCUGCCGCGGCCUGGUGAAGGUGAACCUCUCGGGCUGCCACCUGACCUCCCUGCGCCUGUCCAAGAUGCUGUCGGCCCUGCAGCACCUGCGCUCCCUGGCCAUCGACGUGAGCCCCGGCUUCGACGCCAGCCAGCUGAGCAGCGAGUGCAAGGCCACGCUGAGCCGCGUGCGGGAGCUCAAGCAGACGCUGUUCACGCCGUCCUACGGCGUCGUGCCCUGCUGCACCAGCCUCGAGAAGCUGCUGCUGUACUUCGAGAUCCUGGACCGCACGCGCGAGGGCGCCAUCCUCUCGGGCCAGCUCAUGGUGGGCCAGAGCAACGUGCCCCACUACCAGAACCUGCGGGUCUUCUACGCCCGCCUGGCCCCCGGCUACAUCAACCAGGAGGUGGUGCGGCUCUACCUGGCCGUGCUCAGCGACCGCACGCCCGAGAACCUGCACGCCUUCCUCAUCUCCGUGCCCGGCAGCUUCGCCGAGAGCGGGGCCACCAAGAACCUCCUGGACUCCAUGGCCCGCAACGUCGUGCUGGACGCCCUGCAGCUGCCCAAGUCCUGGCUCAACGGCUCGUCCCUGCUGCAGCACCUCAAGUUCAACAACCCCUUUUACUUCAGCUUCAGCCGCUGCACCCUGUCCGGCGGCCACCUCAUCCAGCGCGUCAUCAACGGCGGCAAGGACCUGCGCAGCCUGGCGAGCCUGAACCUCAGCGGCUGCGUCCACUGCCUGUCCCCGGACUCCCUGCUGCGCAAGGCGGAGGACGAUAUCGAUAGUGGCAUCCUGGAGACCCUGGUGGUGGCCUGCGGCGGCCUGCGGCACCUCAACCUCUCCGCCGCCCACCACCACAGCUCCGAGCGCCCGGGCAGGCACCUGUGCCAGCUGCUGGCCCGGCUGCGCCACCUGCGCUCCCUGUCCCUGCCCGUCUGCUCCGUCGCCGACUCGGCGCCCCGUGCCGACCGCGCGCCCGCCCAGCCCGCCAUGCACGCCGUGCCCUGCGGCUUUGGCAAGAAGGUCCGCAUCGGCGUGCAGACGUACCCCAGCCCCUUCUCGGGGCAGGCGGGCCCCCAGCCCUCCUCCGUGUUCUGGUCUCUGCUGAAGAGCGUGCCCUUCCUGGAGCGCCUCGAGCUCAUAGGGUCCAACUUCUCCUCCGCCAUGCCGCGCAACGAGCCCGCCAUCCGCAACUCCCUCCCCCCGUGCAGCCGGGCGCAGAACGUCGGGGACUCGGAGGUAGCCGCCAUCGGCCAGCUGGCCUUCCUGAGGCACCUGACGCUGGCCCAGCUUCCCAGCAUCCUGACAGGCUCCGGGCUGGUCAGCAUCGGCCUCCAGUGCCAGCAGCUCCAGUCCCUGUCCCUGGCCAACCUGGGCAUGAUGGGGAAGGUGGUCUACAUGUCCGCUCUCUCGGACAUGCUGAAGCACUGCAAGCGGCUGAGGGACCUCAGGCUGGAGCAGCCCUACUUCAGCGCCAACGCCCAGUUUUUCCAGGCGCUGAGCCAGUGCUCCGCGCUGCAGCGCCUCUGCCUCGUCUCCCGCAGCGGCACCCUGCAGCCCGAGGCCGUGCUGGCCUUCAUGGCCCGCUGCCUGCACGUCGUCAUGUGCCACAUGUUCACCGGGGAGUCCCUCGCCACCUGCAAGAGCCUGCAGCAGUCCCUCCUCCGAAGUUUCCAGGCCGAGCGGCCCGCUCUGGACGUCGUCAUCUUCCCUCUUCUCCACGAGGGCCUGGCCGACGUCAUCCGGGACGUCCCCAUGGUGCACCUGGACGAGAUCACCUUGUUUAAAAGCAGAGUGGCCGAGGAGCCGCCCAACCUGUGGUGGUGACAGGGGUGGCCAGCACCAGGCGAAGCUGCUUCCAUCGCCGAGCCUGUCAUCGCCGUGGCCGAGGAAGCAGGAUCGCCUGGACGGGCAUGUGGCCUGUGCCUCAGCUGCCGCUGAGGCUCAUCGCCGGUCUGCAGACGCCGGGGAGGCUGCCGGACACCGGGACCCCGGCCGGGUCACGACGAAGGGAGCCCUCUCCCCCGCCACCCUGCGCACCCCCAUCUCCCAGGGGCUUCCCGUGCUCCCUCUCACGUUGUCCGGUGCAGACGCGUCACUCAGAGAAACUUGGGGUGAGGCAGCAUGAGGGGGGUGGGCGGGACGAGUGGUUGUCAGACUCUCAGGCCUGGCCGCAGGCCUUCCUCAGCUGAGACGCGGGGCACGGUGCGCCGACUCCUUGGGGCCCUGACCGGGUCCCCAGAGCACCACGUGGCCCUAGUGCUGCCCCUUCACUUCAGCCCCGUGGAGGGUCCCUCUGCUCGUCUGUGUCUGGUCACCUGCCACCGGGCUACGUGGAGGGGCACCUGGGGCCCGGUGCUGGCGGUGACCGUGCAUGUGGGUGGGCACGCUCGCCCUGUGGGACAUCCACCCUGACCUCUGAUGGCGAGGCCAGUGACCGCGUGCCUCAGUGCCCCUCCCCUCGGGUCAGCGGUGAGUGCGAUGCAGGGAGGAGCUCGCCGGCCUGGUGCCCGUGGAUUCGGGGCUCUCCUGCCCGGUGAGACGUUUCACCCAGUUAUGUCUCUGGUAUGUGUCCAGCCAGCCGAUGUCAGAUUCGGGGCCAGUGCCGAGCAGGGACCCCAGGGGCUGUGGCUGCUGGGGUCGGCGGUCAGCCCCAGGGGCCGCAGCUCCUCGGGCAGGUCGGUAUUCCUGGGGAGACGCAGAUGGCCUCGUGGGGAAACGUGCGAGGACGUUGGAGGCCGAGUAGCGAGCUGUGCUUAGCCCUUCGCACACGUUCAGCACAGCUGCUCCAGCGUGGGGCUGGCCUCCCCGUGUCCCGGCCCCCGGCCCCCCUGCCCAGACGCCGCCUCCGCCUCCUCAGCCACAGCACCCCCCAGAGCCGGCCUCCCCUCGGCUAGGGGCUUCUGAGGGCCGACGCCCGGCGGUGUUCCUGGACACCCCGGGGAUGCCAGGUGUCACCGGGCGGCUUCCAGCCAUGAUGCCUCCCCAGGACCUUCACGCUGAGCCUGUCGUGCACCGGGCUGGUGACGCAGAGCCCACUGGGCCUUGCUCACACUGUCACUGCCUGUUCUGGCUACGGUCAGCUCUGGGGUCCCCAGCUCGGCCGUCUUCCUACUCUGUUUGCAUAGUGACAGUCACCCCCAUUCCAUGUAGUGUAUCUUGCAGUUUACCUGCUGUUGAAGGGCUGGGGACCUGGUCUCUGGGCAUUCGUUCACCUGGGUUCUCGAGGGGCCGGCAGUUCAGCCACUCCCACCCCACCGGGCUGAGGGGUCGGGAGGCCUUCCGAUGGCGAGGACUCAUGCCCCGGGGCACACAGACCUCCCAGUGCCAACCUCCCCUCCUCCCAGGUUGGGGCUGGCGGCUCUCUGCUUCCCAGCGAACGCCCCACUGCAGGCCCCCCCAGACCCGCAGCUUCACCUCCAGGGUCCUGACCCGCCCUGAGAGCCACAAGCCAGGUCUUGUUCUUCCUGACCUCGUAGGCCUCAGGACAGACUGCCCUGGGCCCCAGAGAGGCAGGGCUGAGGUCCCCGUUCGGGGCCCACGGCUGUAGAUGAAGGUCCGAGAGGUGGUAGGAACACACCCCCCUUCCAGUUUCUGGGCAUUUCUUUCAUAUGGCGACUAGAGACCACCAGGCGAGGCUGAUCAGGAAGGGUGCUGCGGGGACUGGCUGCUGCUUGUCCUCAAAGCGAGGGUGUGGCUGGUCUCAGCCUGACAAACGAGGGAGCGCAGCUCGGCGGUGGGCCAGGGCACUGGCCAACUCCGGGACCCCCAUGGUCCAGACCCGGCCCCCCUAGGCCCUGGGUGGCCCUGGGUGCCCUUCUUUUAUCCAGGGCCGCCUGGGCACCGGAAGUGUGUCCAGAGGCUGCGGCUGUGUUUCUCGCUCUCGCCUGGAUGGCCCGUUGUCACGAGCAAGGAGGGUCACCCAGCAGCAUCCUUUGUGCUGACCCAUGGCCGGGAGGGGCCGUUCGCGGGCGGCGGGGCACGAGCUGCGUUGGAAAGCAGCCCCCACACAGAGGACCUUGCGUGUCCGUCAGUGCGCCCCACAACCAUCCUUUUACACAGAGCGAGAAUUUCCGCUGCUUCUGCACCCGGGACGGAUUCAGCAGAUGUUAGUAAUGUGCUUACUCUCACUAAGUGCUAUUUUGGCACCGGUGUUAAUUGCAAUUUAUAUCCUGCAGCAUUUUACGCUGGAAAGAGAACCCACCCUAAUGGUUCCCAAUUGGCAAAACUGAGCUGUUAAGCGUUGGACCAUAUGCUGCCUGCUCAGCGGGGCCUGGUCAGCACUGGUGCCCACGCGUGUACACGUGUGUGUGCGUGCAUGUGCAUGGAGUGCUUGCGUGUCUGCAUACAUGUGCCGUCCGCUGUGUACGUGUUUGUGGAGUGCGUGUGCGCACGUUCCCUGUGUGAUCAUAUGUGUGUGUGGGUGCACACGUGUGUACAGGGCGUACGUGUGUAAGACACUGGGUAGAGUGAGGACAGAGGGAUCAGGGCAUUUUUGUUCAGAGAGAC